AGAGAGUAAAAAUGUACAGAUCUUCAGAUAAAAACAACUCCUAUUAAAGCAAGUUUUUACAUCAUUCAAAUAUCUCAACGAUGGAGGGCAACGCUAGCAACAAAUCUUUGUUUCAAGAUUACUUAUCAACGGGCAUAUAUCGAUUUCCCAAUGUGAAUGCUGUAUUCCUAGACCCCGUUCGCAUCCUCAAUAUUUCAUACACUAACUUCAGUAUUUCACCUCACCUCUACUAUACCCGCUCUCUUCCUAACCCCUGCAAUGGAGAAGAGAAGAAAGAAGAAGCAACAGGACCAAAAGAGCAGAAGGAUAAGAAAAGAAAACGAAAGACAAACAAUUCUUAUGUUCCCAAUGCAAAGGAGGAGCUUGCCCACAAACGUCAUAUGGAAGUGAGGCCUUUCUUGUCAAGUGCUUAUGAAGCUUUUCUCAAGGAACCCAGUCUAUUAAGCAUUCUUUGUUCUUUGAAGGACAACACAGUAUAUACAAAAGCAGAUAAUGCCUUAGUGGAUAAUAGACAAGAAAAUGAUGCCUUGGUUGAUAAUAAAGGUGAAAAUAUUCCUUCUUUUAUUGAAUUGGGAAAGUUGUGGCAGGCUCCGCUUUUUGAAAUAUCAUUCCAUCGUCAAGUGAGAGAAGAAUCAGUCCAAGGCGAGAUUGCACUUCAAGAAGAUAAAAAUGUUACAUGCUCACUUUUCAACACUCUAAUUGAAAACAGGAGUAAUGAUGAUGCAAUCACCGAAUGUCUCAGCAGCUGCUAUAUUUUACCAAGACGUAGCUCCUUUUUAAUGUCUGACAUAAAUCAGAUUCGUCGACUUAUUCCAGCUUGUCCACAUGAUAGAUUCAACCUUAUACUUGUUGACCCACCUUGGGAGAACAAAAGUGUGCACCGACGAUCAAUAUAUCCAACUUUGCCAAAUAGAUACUUAUUUUCUAUUCCUAUAAGGCAAUUGGCACAUCCAGAAGGGGCCCUUGUGGCACUCUGGGUAACAAAUAGAGAGAAAUUGCGAACAUUUGUUGAGGAGGAGCUUUUUCCUGCAUGGGGAAUCACAUAUGCUGCUUCUUUAUAUUGGUUGAAGGUGAGAGAAGAUGGGCACAUGAUCAGUGAGUUGGAUCUGGCUCACCAUAAGCCUUACGAAUGCAUUCUUGUUGGUUAUAUUCACAAGCAGGGAAAUGAUGUGGGCCACAAACUGAUUGCAAAGAUGCCUCCGGAUAAGCAUGUUGUAAUUAGCGUUCCUGGUGACCACUCACGAAAGCCACCAAUAGGAAACUUACUUUUGGAAUGUACACCAGGACCCAAACCUGUAAGGGGUCUGGAACUUUUUGCCAGGGAGUUAUCUGCUGGAUGGACUUCAUGGGGGAAUGAGCCUCUUUUUUUUCAGCAAUCGAGAUACUUCUCGGAUGGGAGGCUGCAGAGUAUUGAUUGAAAAUUUUAUGUGUAUCCUUGUAGUAAGCACAAUGGAAGAAUUUUUUUGUAGAGCUUGAGCUGAACAUAUCUUCAUUUGCAAGAAAGAAUAUGGAAAAUAAUAUCAUACAAUUAUCAGGAACUUGAAAAAAAAUAAGU